AUGGGCAGCGAGCAUGACGACCAGCAGAGCAAUGAUCAACCCAACCCGGCCCUGACAGCUAAACUGGGGGCGCGCAAGAAGAUCCGCCCCACUUAUUCAUGCUUAAACUGCCACAAACGCAAAGUCAAGUGCGACCGGGUAAAACCAUGCGGUGCUUGCUGCCUUCGGGGAACGCCCUCGGAGUGUGAAUAUGGCACCAGCAAAAAGGACCGACACUAUAUCGAACAAUCCGCCCUGAUCGAGAACCUCAUGCAAACAUGCGAGAGCCUCAAGCGGCAGCUCGCAGAGGCCCGGCAAUUGGCCAACUUACCCCCCGUAAAAGCUGAAGACACUGGCAGUAGCUCUUUAUAUCAAAUUAAACCCAAUGACAGCGACGAUGGUGAAGGACAAGAUGACCAGAGAGCGCAUCCCGGACAGGCACGGCACGACACACGAUAUUCUCCCGACCCUUCAGGGGUGAGUACAGGGGAUUCUUCCCCUACGUCACUAUCGCGCCAAAAAGCGAUCUUAAACGAUCCGAACCUCGCCUCCACCGUGAUGGAAUUGUUUGUCGACCGACUGAUACGUAAUUUCAGUCCCGACGACCACCGGAAAUACGGCGGCACCAUCGCCUUACGGGAAGCAUCGGAGAUGCGCAUGAUUUCACCCAUGCUGUGCAACGCCUUUGAGGCGACAGCGCUUACCUUUGCCGGUCGGCGUGACGGUAACCGGUCAGUCGAGUUAGCGGGACACGCCAAAUACGUCCGAACGCUCCGGCAACUCCAAGCUGCCCUCUAUGACGCAGAGGGGAACAAGUCGACCGAGGUCCUCGUAGUUGUGUUGUUGUCGACUAUCACGGAGGUCACGGCAGCACUGGUUCAUCGCAAACCGAGUUUCCUCGCGUCCAAGGAUUGGUUGACUGUUCCCUGGGCGGGCGAUGCACCGGUCAAGGAUAUUCUGCAACAUCUCCUGGACGUUGCUGUCGACAUUCCCGGUUAUCUUUCCCGGAUCGAUGAAUUCGGCGCCAUGGUAGACAAAGCCGCUGCAUGUCCAUUUGAGCUCACAGGGAUGCAUAGCUCCAUCUGCCAGCAAGCAACCAGCCUCCAGACGCGUCUCAAUAUGUGGAAAGCUGCAUACGCCGACACGUAUUCCCUGGGCACGGCAUGGGAAGUGCACGACACCGAGUCUACCGACGGCUUUCCUGUCUUCCGAUGUCGUAACACCAGCACCAUGUCUGUCACGGUCGCCAAGAUCUUGUACUAUCCCGACAUUCUCCUGGCGACCUCGAUGUGUUUCUACUGGGCAUUGUCACUAGUUGUCUCGGCCUCGGAUAGCGGCUUCGUCAGCGUGCUCGGCCCGCAACAGCGGUACCAAUUUGCAUGCGACAUCUGUCGCAGCAUGAAAUAUUACAUCAAUAACAUCCCGGGGUAUCUGAUGUCCCGGAUCAUGUUCGUUCUGCGCACGGCGUUCGACGCGUUUUCGCCGGGAAUGAUCGAGAAGGAGUUCAUCGCGGAAUUAUUUCAGUAUAUCGGGCGCAAAUUGGAGUUUCCGGUGUUUUCGAACAAGUGCACAUCGUCGGCGGUUAAGAGCGAAUCUACAUGA